GAACCAAUUAAACUUAGUUUAAUGCAUCGCCAAUCUGUUUGAACAUGUUCCACUCGGCUACGUUACUUGUGCUAGCAAUGACUCUUCUCAGAUGUAGGAAUACAAGUUGCACCCCGUCACUUCGACGCCAGCAUGUCAGCGUUUGUUAAUGACGCAACAAAAUCCACGUCGUAAGUCGACAUCGAAGGCACGCUGACCUGCACAGAGAUUCUCAACGGUUCUCUACAACUUGAAGUCACCGAACGGUUUGCGAAUAUGGUAGAAAGAAUGUCAUCCGCAAAGCAACCUUUACUGUGAUUUUGUUUAUGCCAUCUGCUUUGCAUUUAAGUAAUCAAGGGUGCACAUCUGUGCCAUGGCUCCACUCCCAAUCCCUGGCGGACAUCUCGUUCAGAUAAAGCGUAAACAGGUGACAAGGCGCCAGGCAUGGAGUGAAGAUAACAACAACAAUGCGUAUGCUUCCCGGAGUCGCAAUUGGUGGAAAAGCCAAAGCAUUACUUCAGAGCCAUUUGCCCUGCUCUUUGGCCCGAGUUUGAAGGUUCUUUUCAAACCUUUUCACGAGAUCGAUGCUGAAAGGUACAAGAAAUACGGAAGGUUUUUCGGUGGCUUUGAGACUGGAAGAGCUAUUCUAUUCGUCGCCGAACCUGAGCUGGUGAAGCAAGUUUUGGUGAAGGACUUUCCACACCUCUCAAACCGAAGAACGUUCGUAUUUUUCGACCCUCUUCUGGACAACAUGAUGAGCGUUGCGGCUGUGGACCAGUGGCGCAGGAUUCGACCAGCUGCGAGUCCGGCAUUUUCCACCGGAAAGCUGCGGAAGAUGAAUUCGUUGAUCGAGGACUGCGCCAUCGUGACAGCGGAACACCUGAAAAAGGCGGCUAUGAACGAAGAGGAUAUUGAUAUCAAGCAGUUCUUUGGGAACUACGCGCUGGACGUGAUUGCACGUUGCGCCUUCGGCACGCGCCUCGAUUCCCACUCUGAUCAGACAAACGAGUUCGUCACCAGGACGAGGGAGUCCUUCUCCGGUCGUGUCACGCCGCGCCUGUUCGUGUUCUUUGUGUUACCAGGAAUUGCGAGAAUGUUCAAAAUACGACCUUUCAAGCGCGACACGUUUCUCUACUUCAAGGAACUCGGCCAGAACAUUAUAAGAAGGCGACGUGAGCAAGAAACUCGCUGCGAAGACUUCCUGCAGUUAAUGGUGGAUGCCCAGGACGGAAAGCUCUCGGCUGCACCCGAAAAUGAGUCCGAACGCGACAACAAACUUUUCAACCUCGGGUCGGAGUUGAAAGUAGACGCCUCGUUCUCAUCGGAAAAGACUCUGACUGAAGACGAAGUCAUGGCGCAGUGCGUACUUUUCUUUGUGGUCGGCCAAGACACGAAUUCAACUACGAUCGCGUACACGCUCUACCUGUUGGCGACUCACCCCGAAGCGCAGGAAAAGCUGAGAGAUGAAGUGGACGAGUGCUUCAGGAUUCAUGGAGAACACCCCAGCUUGGAUGUUGUCAUGAAGUUGCAGUAUCUGCAUUGCGUUGUCUCAGAGGCCCUUCGCAUGUACCCUCCUGCGACACGACUCGAGCGAACACCUCCCGAAGACUACGUUCUGGGUGACACCGGUGUGAAAGUGAGGAAAGGCGAUUUGAUUCGCGUUCCCGUCUACUCCAUGCACUACGACCCGCAGUACUUCCCUGACCCAUUCACUUUCAAACCGGAAAGGUUCAGCGAGGAGAACGUCGGCUCCAUCCAGCCGUACACGUACCUUCCGUUCGGUGCUGGACCACGCAACUGCAUCGCCAUGCGGUUCUCCCUGCAGACCGUCAAGCUGUGCGUGAUGCACGCCGUACGCAGCGUCAGGCUGGUUCGUACUGAAAAGACCAAGGUUCCCCUGGAAUUCAACAGUGGGUUUAGGCUGCUCACCGCAAAGGACAUCACACUGGGAAUCCGGAAAAGAACGUAACAACCAUGUUCGAGUGACUACAUCAGCAAGACUUCGUCUUCAGUGCACCUAUUUGCAGAAGAGAGGCAUCUCAUAAAAAAAAAAAAAAAAACUAUAUAGUUACUCACGUGCGUUUAUAUUUUCACUGGCACCAAUAUGGCGAAUAACAAAAA